UUUCUUUCCUGAGAAUUAAAAGUAAAAUUAAAAGUAUUUAAGAUUAAAUAUGCUGUUAUUAUUUUGCUGUUUUCAUUCUUAAAAAGUCACCAGAAUGAAGGAAACAAAGUCUCUGAAACUCAAAUUUCCCCCGCUUUGGUUUCGAAAUCCUCCCAUUUUUUCCAAGUCUCAAAGUUGGCAAGUCUGUUCAUCCUUAUUUCACUUAUACUCACAGACAAUAACUCUGCCCUGGACUAUCACAACACAGUUGCUCACUUCACUCAGUGGUGUGGGGACAACCAUCUUCACCUCAAAGUCAGUCAUGCGCAAACUUAAAGAACUUUAUGUUGCCGCCCAUCUCCUCCUACUGCUGUACCAGAGCAUUAUCCAGCCCAUCCUACUCUACUGUUCCAUCUGCUUUUUUAACAUGUUAUCCUUCACUAACCGGUCAAAACUUACACGCAUAACCAACACUGCUGCCAGGAUAAUUGGCCUCCCCACACCCAACCUCACAGAAUUCAACAACAAAGGCAUUGCACACAUUGCAAUCUCAAUAGCACAGGACAUCACACACCCAAUCUUGAAUCUUGAAUCUUGAAUCUUACCAUAAUGCCCCGCUCCGGCCACUGGUACAGAACACUGAGGUGCAAUAGGGCUCGCUUUGGGAAAAGCCUGAUACCGGCAGCCAUAGCCGCCUUAAACAACAGGCGUCGCUGAACAGGCCUGAGUGUGUACCGCUGUCCGUCAUUUUCUGUUGUUGUCCCUGUUGUAUUGCUGUUGCUGUUACUGUUACUGUGUCACUGUGUGCUGUUGUAUGUAUUGGUGUCUGACAAGUACAGUGCUGUGAAAAAGAAUUUCCCCUUGUGGGACAAUAAAGUCUAAAGUCUAAAGUCUAAAAGUCUUGUUGAAUGCACGCUGCCGUCAUGCGGAGCUGAGACUUGUGUGUUGUGUUUGGUGAGUGUGUGUGUGCAUGAAGAGAAACAAAUCAAUUCUCAUGUUAUAUCAAUUACUGCUUCAUAUAAAAGUGACUAGAAACAGAAGCAUGUCUCAGUUCCUUUGGUGUGUUUCCGUUUGUUUUGCCAGCAUGAAAUUGUUUUGGGCUGCAUUCCGAUCACAUCACUAGACUUGUAAAAAACUAGUCCGGCAGGAUUUCUUUCAAACGAUCGCCUCAAGUCAGUCAGAGCUGGAGAGGGAAUCACAUAAAGAGGGAUGUAACUGUGAAACAUGAGAGAGAGGGAAGUGGAGUGAAGCUGUAAUUUUUUUUUAAAGCUGGGGCUGUAAGUGGCAGAGCAGCAGGGGCUUUCCUUUGGAGAAGGAGUAGAUGUGGUGAGCAAAGAGGCACUAGGUGGGAGGGAGCGUCAGAUUGACUGAAGGAGGAGCCUUCAGAGAAGAGAGCCAGCCAAAGGGAGGGGCGCAGACGGUGUUUUGUCUUCAGCUGUGAAAGAACACAGAACAGGGAAUGACUGCCGGCUGACACUCAACCUUUUUCACUUUCCCCUCUCUGUCUUUCACUUUGACUUUGUAAUUAAUCGUGGAGGGUGUCCGAGUCCUCCCCGCUGGAACCAUGGAUAACUUCCAGACUGUCCUGCGUUUCUUCAUGAACCAGAAAGCCACCAUCGGCUACAGCUUCAUGGCUCUCCUGACUAUAGGUGGGGAGCGAGUCUUCUCCAUGGUUUCCUUCCAGUGCCCGUGCAACCACGACCAGAACUUCGCCUACGGGCUGACUUUCCUGCUGGGCCCGGCGGCGGUGCUGCUGGUUUUGGGUCUCUUCUUCAGCUCCAGGCUGUGGAGGCUCUACACCGGCUGCUGCCUCAACCCCAUGAAGCUGUGCCCCCGCGGGAACUGCUUCAGCUGCCUCAGGGUGUUCACGAGCAUCUUCUCCGGAGCUUGCGUUGCUCCUAUAAUGUGGCUCUGCGUGGCGUUGCUCAAUGGGACCUUUUAUGAGUGUGCCGUCAGUGGUCUCGAUGAUAACGUGGUGGUGGAGCUGUUCUGUAAAAACAAGACCAUGCAGUGUCGGGAGGAGCUGGCCCGAGUGCCCUGUGACCGGUCCAAGCUGUCCAGUGAUGAGCGCAUGGAGCUGCUGCUGAUGUUCAGGGCCCAGUCACAGAUCCUGGGCUGGUGUAUUAUCAUUAUUGCUGCCAUCACAGGCCUCCUGGGUACCUGCUGCACAAACUGUCGCUCCAAAGUCAGCUACCUGCAGCUCACGUUCUGGAAACGCUACGUGGAGAAAGAGAAGGAGCGCUUUGACACCUUCGCCGUGGACUACGCCACCAAACUGGCCGAGAGAAACCUGCAGAGCUUCUUUGAGAACAAGGACCCCGAGCCGUUCCCUUUCCCCAACCACAGGGCGUGGGAGGAGAUCUCUGCUCUCUACACCUUCACCAGGAGCGAGCAGUGUUACAGCACCCUGCAGCAGUACGUGGAGAGGAAAGACAGGGAGUUAAUGCUAGAGAAGAGACCCGUGUUGGACUUCGAGCAUGGAAUAGAGAUGCAUUGAGAAAGGACAAACUGUGAGGAGACUGUUAGACACUCAUCAUUGUUGGUAUUUAACUCUAAGUCUAUUGUAUGUGCAAGUUUGACUCAGGGAAAGCUGCCCCAGGCUGCCUCCUCACUGACACAGCUGCCCUUUCAGUAUGUUACUCUGAAGAAUGUGACUAUCGCCAAACAGCAAUGGUACAACUUCUCUAAGCACAUGAAAUAAUGAAGGGCAUAACCACUAUUUUAUACACACUAAUCCGCCCUACCUCUGUAACACUGCAUGCAUUUGAGACAUUUUAUUACUAUCAUAAAGGAAGUAAUUAACUAACUUGAAGCGAUUUUAAGAAGUUGCAGUCAGGGCCGUAGCUAUAUACGACUGAAAACACUGAGGUCAUGUCUGUGUUAUUAUUUAUAAAAAAUUGGGGGUUGUAGUUAGGGGUGAGAAAAAACUGAAUCACCUAUGUAUCACGAUUUUUUUUUACGAUUUUGAAAUAAAUUAUUUAAUGCCAGAAUCAAUAUAUUUGCUUCAUUUGAGUCUAUGCGGAGGUAGAAGGAAGUUACCGCUUUUAUUGUUGUA